CACCUUAUUAAGAAUGAAAAGGCUAUAUGCCAGUGARUUUUUGCCUUUCGUUAGUAUCACAAGGACUUGACUUAUAUCAAUGGUAUAAGASCUGGCAAGUCUAAGAAUCUCAGUGAUGUUUUGCUGUGGAUGAGCGAGCAAAGAACCAGUAAACAUGGCAACUUUUUCUCUUUGGUUUAUCGGUCAGCUGUUCUUGUUAAUCGGUGUAGUUGAUGGAAUUGAUGGUCGUCUUGCCCAAGGUCCCAUCUCAUUCCGUAGCAGAUACAGCGCCUUAAAAUACGUWUUCCCCAAGACAGAGACAUUGAUACAAACAGACAUCAACUUGGCAUUUUCAACACCAAAAUGUACGGGAAACAUUCUUACUAUCCCUAGCAGAGACGUACAACACCAUUACUACAAACUAACUCUUAAAUCUUCUAAGAARCUUGUAUUUGACUAUCAAAUACUCGAUGGAAAGUUCACUGUUACGUUAAAUGCAACGAGAUCAUUCUGUGAUGGACGUAUUCACUACGUAAGCUUGCGUAAACAAGGACGUAAAGUGACCUACCAAGUGAACGAAGGCAAAAUGAUWUCUCACGUCGGUAAAAGGUUUAUUCAGAAAGCCUCGAUAAGCAAACCAGACGGAAUAUUCAUUGGAGGAACCAGGAAAGACAAGUUUAUCGGGUGUUUGUAUAAUGCAUCUGUAGCUAUUCAUUGGACAGGCAAUCUACCAAUCACCGAGAUGGAUUUGGUGCAUAUGUACGCACGAGGUGAUCCUAAUGUCAGCGGUAAAGAUCUCUUUGUUGGAGCAUGCGCAAAUCGAAAUGCUGAAUGUGUGUCCAGAAACAAGCUUUACCUGACUAGAGCAAUAGGCUGGAUCUCCYGUCCAUUCAACCCUAAAGAGGUUAAAAGGUGCACGUGGGUUUUAAUCGCUUCACGGUCACGACGUGUCAAGCUAGAGUUACACCGUCUCCGAGUUAACAACUCGAACAGUUGUAUCAACAAUCAAGUACGAGUUAUGGAGGGUCAGACUGACGGCAGACAAGUGAUUGGUCGAUAUUGUAAUCCUAAUCUCCAGUCACCUAUUGUUUUAUACUCCAAUGGGCGUUACCUUACUGUUGUCCUGGAGAAUCUACAAUCUGACGAUACCGUGGAUUUUUUUGCAAAGUACACGAUGACUUCCCUUAGUGAAGGCCCAUGUCCAGUGUUCAAAGACGUGACGUCAUCUUCAGGAAUAAUUACGUCACCAGACUUUCCAUACAUCUACGGUAACAGCAAAAAAUGRACAUGGCGCAUCAGGGUCCCACAUGGGAAACACGUGCUUAUAACCUUUAAGAGAAAAGACUUUAAGGUUGAUGGGUGUUCUGACGAUUGUAGAUGUGACUAUUUAGGGAUAAGUACCAGCAUAAAGCAUGGCAUUAAAUCGAAAUACUGCGGCACAUCACCACCUUCACCUAUCUAUUCCAGGCAGAGCGUGGUUAGGAUGGACUUCAUCAGCGAUUCUAAAUAUAGUCAUCAAGGGUUUAAAGCAACUUAUACCGCUGUGUCGUCAUUGGAAGAUCAAUGCCCUAGCUACAAAGAACUGCACACUUACUCAGGAACGAUAACCAGUCCACGAUAUCCCCUACCCUACCCCGGAGAGGUCGACUGCUUUUGGAUUAUCAAAAGUCCACCCAACUCACGCAUCGACUUGACAUUCUCCAAACCAAUCAAUUUGGAUAUCAACUGCACUGACUUUGUGGAGGUAACAGACAGCGCCAUUAAGAGACAUCAGACGUUCAUGGUGACAUUGUGUAAUUCCACGGAGCUUCCUGCUACCUUCUCAACCUAUAACAGAAAGCUUAUUGUACGAUUUGUCAGCGACAAAUAUCAGAGAAUGACGUGGAGUAUGAAGAGUGGAUUCAAAGCUGAAUACAAAAUCUUGUUAAUGGCGGCUCUACAGACAGGAUCUUCAGUUGUACAGCACACCAUCCUCAGUUCUUCUUGGAUUUUCCUGUUCUUAAUUCUGCAUACAAUAGUGUUGAACUGAACAGUUUUUUUGUACCAAACUUAAUGUAGAGCUCUCAACUUAAUGUAGAGCUCUCAAAUUGAAAUGCAAUAGAAAAAGAAAAAGUGUAGUUUGUGGGACUAUCCAAACAAUAAAGUAGUUUAAUCGAGGGCAUUAUGCUGUGAUAGUUGCACGCGGAAACUUCAUGUUCCGAAAACUUGACGGCGUGCCGAUUAUGAGGAACAUGAUCCAGUUUCCUAUCACAGCAAAAUGCCCGAGAUUUCAACUUAUCUAUUGUUUUUAUAUUUCAACAACAACAACAACAAAAUUCAGAACCGGUGGGUUAUGUGCAUUGAUAGUGCUCCUCCAUUGCGGGCACUAUCGCGUCACGUGGUCCACUCUCUACCAAUGAGAGCGGAGGAAAAUUGUUAUGGAAUUGUAACAAUAAUUAGUGUAGMAUAGUCGCCGUGUGCUGACUAUUUUGAGAUUAUUUUCUACUAUUUAAAAGUCAACUUUUCGAUCCAUUUUUCUCUGAUCAUGCAAAGAUUUUUCCUUUUUUUACAAACAUUUUGUAAUCAAUAUAUCAACGAAGCAAAASACGCAAAAAAGAAAUGUAUGAGCAAUUUAUGAGAAUGCUGGUAUCACAUGAGAGCAAUGGCGGAUCAUCAAUGGAUGGGGGGGGCGGGCGAUUAGGGAGGCAUGCCUCCCCCCACUUUAGGGURCAAAGGUAUAGCGAUAGGAAUUAUUAUACGAUUAAAUAACAGAAGAAUUUAAUCUGAAUCGGACUCAUUAUGAAAAACAAAUAGAACUAAUUCUAUACAUUUAAUAUUUUUUCUUGGAUUAGCCACUCCCUUUGCAACGUUCUGGAUCCGUCACUGAGGAGUCUGUAUAUAACGUUUCAAAUUGCAAAACUGUCAAAAUGAUGAUUCGCACGAUAUUGAUUUAAGCUAAUGGUUUAAUCAUCAGCUAAUAAACUUUAUUUAUUGCAUUUGGGAACUAAUUUCUUGUCAGGAAAACAAACAAUGUAGCUACUUUGCACUUUAUAUUAGUGUUUUGUCGACCGAAAAUUUUUACCAAAUGUAAAACAGAUUUAUUCAAUGUGCAUCUAUACAGCUUGUAUAUGUUAUGAUUGUUUGUUUGUUUAUAAUUAACCUUCAAAUAAAAUAUACUAACAGAAUACAAUAUAUAUAGUUCGAUAUUCUUGUUUAAAUACCAUGUACAAAGCACAAUCAAAGACGAGACUGAUGCAUUCGCCAAUUAAUACAUAUCAUUGUUACAGCAUGACUACAAUUGUAGUAAGACUSUAAAGCAAUUGGUUUGAAUAAGUACAACAGUUGUAGAUAUGCAUGUUGACUUACGGGCUGCAUGCGGUAGUUAAUAAAAAACAUUUUUUGGGAA